UGCACCAGUCACCGACCCGGCGGAUAUCUACCCCGAGUAAGUACGACAUGGCCAGCUCACAUAGAACCACGAGAAGAUAAAGCCUGCCGCCGAAUGCUACCCACGUGGAUCCCAUGUGUGUGUGUGCUAUCAAUCCUGCUGUGGAUGACUUGUACCGGUAUUUCCUCACUACGAAUAGAUACAUAUGUAUUCGACGACUGGGGUAACGAGACGAACUAUAUCAGGAUGCUGAUGGAGAAGGAAAUCGCCUCAUGGACACGAACAGUGAAUAUUCCCGUUUCUCUACAUUUCACAGCCAAAAGCCUCACCAUAGACUACAAUUUGUUUGCUGAAAAUGACCGGAUCGAUGACGUGAACGAUUGGAACAUUGUCCUGGACUUAACGACAACUAUUGAUCUGAUGAAUUGUGGUGCAGCAAUGGCAAACAACGUACCCUACAUUACAUCGUCAUCUGAAGCGUCAUCAGACUGCCAUCCAAUCACAUUUCGUACCUCCCCUUCCAACAUUUUACAACCAGUCGUAGAUAUGUUUGAAAUAGGCGGCACUACAUCUGAAGUUAAACUUCUUCUUUUGGAUUCAGGCUACGAACUGGAUCCCAGCAUAUUUGACACAAGGAAUAAUAGCGAGAGUGAAGUCAUGGUUUAUAGCAUUAAUGAAUUAGUAUUAGAGGAGAGAGCAGCUAGACGCCUACUAAUCAACGCGAGACGAGUAAUAAUACUCGCUCCUUAUCUACAAAUCUUACAUUUCUUUAAUCAGAUGGAACAGACAGUUAAGAUGCUGAAAAAUGAAUGGAUUCUAUUGCCAGUGGACUCCGAAACCUGUCCGGGACAUCUGAACAUAUCGUAUAUCUGUAUCGAAGGCUAUUAUACGGCAAACACAACGCGGCUGUGGAUGGAUGCUUUAAAUUUCAUCAAAGGUGCUGUAAAAACGUUAGAGCAGGUGGAUGCUAACACGAAUGAUACCGGAAUGGAAUAUUUCAAUUGGUAUUCAUCAUCAAACAGAAGCCAUCAACCCACAAUCAGCAUAUCAAAGCACACGUCAUUUAAUAGUUCUAGAGUGGUAGGAGAGUUCGCCGCAGGACGGACAACUCUUUAUGAACGUCCAGAAGAUUUAUUUGAACCCCCGCCACCACCAGUGUUAAAGGUUGUUGUUAUACAUGAACCUCCCUUCGUUCAGCGUGUAAUACAAGACAAUGGAAGCGUCAGCUACGAGGGCUACAGCAUCGACGUCCUACAUGAGUUGGCAAGAAGGAGCGGAUUUAAAUACGAGAUAUACGAGGUACCGGACAAUGAAUACGGGGUCCUGAGGUCAAACGGAACCUGGUCAGGGGUUAUCGGGCAAGUGGCAACAGGAGCGGCCGACAUGGGGGCAGGUCCAAUAUCGGUGACAGCCGAGCGUGAGGCUGUGAUCGACUUCACUGCCCCAUACUACGACUACGCUGGACUUCAGAUCCUGACAAAAGACACCAGGGAACCACCGUCUCUGUUUGUGUUCGUCACUGUCUUCACGGAACUGGCAUGGGGUGUAUGGCUGAGUCUCCUCAUCGCCACAGUCGUCAUCCUUUGUGUGUUCCAUAGGUUAAAAUAUAAAUAUCUUACUGAGGAAGACACGGGAUGUGAUUCAAAAGAGAAGUUUACCAUUAAAAACUCGUUCUGGUUCGUCAUCAUGUCCGUUGCUAUAGCAGGUCCAGAACAACACCCAUCGAUGACGUCCACACGUCUAGUUGUUGCUGGGUUCUGGUUCUUCUGUCAGAUUAUAAUGAGUGCCUACACUGCCAAUCUAGCCGCGUUCUUAACGUCAUCGCGUCUAGCGUCGCCAGUCGAGUCCCUCGACGAUCUGGUGACCCAGUCAGCCUAUCAAUACACGGUACAGAAAGGAACAGUAGGCGAGACGUACUUCCAGAGAAUGGCAAAGAUCGAGGCGGGUUUCUAUAGUUAUUGGAAGGAUGUGAGUUUUUCAACAGACUCUAGUUCUGCUCUUACACAGUACGCUGUGUGGGACUACCCGCUGGGAGACAAAUACAUAAAACUCUGGCAGUCAAUGCAGGAGACUGGCUACGUGUUAAACACGGAAGAAGGCAUCGCCAAGGUUUUAGAGGGCAAUUUCGUCCUCUUCCAUGAAACUCCCAUCAUAAAGUUUGAAAUGAGCCGAAGGUGUGGGCUGCUCUCCGUGGGAACGAUGUUCAGUGCAAAACCUUACGCUUUCGUCCUACCACAAAAUUCACCAAAUGUAAAAGAUAUAUCUAGUGCAAUACUUUCAAUUCAGUCCACAACAAUACUGACAAAGCUCAAGGAGAAAUGGUGGGAAAGUAACAAUAUCACUUGUCCAAAUAACGACGACAGCGAUGGUUUGACAUUAAAUGCCGUGGGUGGUAUGUUCAUUGUGAUAGGCGGGGGGUGUCUUCUCAGCGUUCUCAUCUUGGGUGUGGAGCUUCUCAUCGCCAAAUGCGGAAAGUCGUCUGUGCCUUUCCUCGCUGGAAAAGAUAAAGUUGAAGAACGUGACGUUCACCGAAUUUCACACCAGACGAAUAAAUCCGGCGAUAUCAGUGAUGUAAUGUUAUCAAAACUGCGUUCAUCCGAAGUACAGGACUCGGUAAAUACAUCUAAUCUAUAGAAAAAGAUUUCCUGUAAACGAAACGCAACGUAGUAAAUCAAUUACAAUGUUAUACAUGUAUAUGCACUCUGAAUUCGUCCCUUUGUAC